AUGGAAACGGAAGGAAAUUAUUUCGCGUACUGUUUGGACACGAACACCAAAAAUAAUUACUUCAUUGUACCGUCUAAGUAUUUGAAACCAAGAGCAAAUGCAAGACAUUCGAAUCCAGGAGUUGCCUGGGACACUCUAGGACAAGAAUUCUGGGGAGGUGUGUUCCAAUCAGCAUGGCACGAGUCUUUGGUAGUAGACCCUGACGAUGGGUCCUUCCUGGACCAGACACCCAAGACUGACACAGAUUUUGAGCACUUGCUGACCGAGGCAGAGUACAAAGAAAGUCUCGUUCUUGCCACUGCUUCCUCUGUCCAAGAACUGCAACAGUACGUUGGAACGUGCAAUAUCAAAGUUCCAAAAAAAUUCCGACGAUUGGAUUUUUCCGACGCUUCAGCAAGUCAACAACACGACGAGUCGCAGCAGCAAAACAACCAAGUCAGGAGUAGCCAAUCCAAUCAGCAAUCAAAUAAUCAAGGUUACUCAACUAGCUCGGAGGAAUCAGCUUCAACCACAAUAUCAAAAAGAGGUGUGUCCGUCCAAGAACUGCCACAUCACGGAAAAGCUGGCAAAGGCAAUGUUCAAAAUAGCAAACGAAGUUUGGAUUCUGUCGCUUCAAGUAGUCAACAAUACGACGAGGCGAAGCAGCAGAAUGAAAAGCGAUUUAGGAGUAGCGAAUGCAAUCAGCAAACGAAAAAUGAGGAUUUCUCAACGGCAUCAAAAAACUUGGAAGAGCAAAACUCUACCUCAAAAAAUUUUUCUACAGGAGCAACUCCUUUCAUUACGCCAAUUGUAUUGGAAGAUCCGAUCGAGUCGCAUGAUGACUCAGAGAAUGAGAUAGACUAUUCGCACAUUCGGCCUGAAGGAGUAGCUAACCUAGGAUUUUUUGAAUAUGAAAUCGAUGGAAAAGUCAAUAGACAAAACGCAGACAAUGUUUGUGUCUUAGUCAUUCACUACGAUUUCAUAAAUGAUCCGCUGUUCCGGAACGGAGACGCCUCUGACGUAGAAUGCCUAAAGACUAUCUUCAGGGAAAACCGGAAUUGCAAUUUCCGUGACAUUCUGUCACCGAGCAAAAAGACUUUGCUCAAACUUCUCAGCGAUCAAGAAAAGCUUUUGCGGUUUUUCAACUUACAAGACGAAGUGCCCUCUGUUUUCAUGCUUUUCUUUCUCUCUCAUGGGACUGUAAACGGAAAAAUAUGGACCAGCCACGUCGAAAGGGAAACCAAUGAACCCGUGUAUUUCACAACAGAUGAAGUCUUUGACUCAUUACAGAAGCUACGGAGAUUCGACAAAUGUUUGAAAGUCGUGAAUUUUGGGUCAUGUCGGGGAUCCUUGUACGAUUCUAAGUUCAACUCGAAGAAUUCAUUAGAAAACUAUGAAAACAAGAAUUCAUGUAGAAUUACCAGUCGCCCAGGAAUGCACAACUAUGUCGUGUUCUAUUCGACAGUAGAAACAACAUUGGCAAACACUGAUGAAAAAGGGUCAUGGUUUGUAAGAAGCAUCUGCACAAGUCUGAACCAAGCAAAUGAUGAGCCAUUGUUGGAUUUCUUCACAAUUGUUCAGAAUCGAAUGCAUAAAACGUCAUGCGAAUUCACGACCUUUGAUAAAAAUAUUCCUUUGGGGCAGACACCAGAGCUCAAAAUGUUUACACAAGACAGAAAAUUCGUAAUCUCAAAGACGACAAUCGCAGCAAAACCUUUUUCAAACACUGAUGGGUCUGGUAACGUGAGCAAGAUCUCAAAUGAAAUACUUUCCAGACAGUUCUCCUGGAAAUCGAAUGAAGGACAAGAUAUCAGGGGUCGUAGAGGUUUCAUUUUAUCCUUGGUCCAAAACAAACAAGUGCAAGAAGUGAAAAGAGCUCUUCAUAAACUAGACUUCGAAAUAAGAGACUGGUCUCUUAGCAAGGACUUUGGCAAGGACUUUUAUUUUAAAAUGGUGUCCGAGUUGGAACCAGACGUGGGCUGCAUUUUGACUUGCAUAUUUGGCCCUGUGUGUGUAAACGAACACAAAGAGGUUUGCGUGCGCGUGCAAAAGGGUCAAGAGAUUCCAAUCACGGACAUCCUACACAGUUUUGUCGGCCCAAAAAACGACAAAUUGAUAGGAAAGCCGAAAAUUCUGUUCGUUGUUAACGUGAAAGCUCCACAAACGGACGAUAUCCCCGUGCCCAUGAAAGAUUUACAAGUCGAUGCUACAAACCACAGUGGCUGGCUGGUUUUGAUUCUAAAAUUUGAAGAUGCAUUAGAGAAGUUGAUUGAACUUCUGGGAAAUAUUGGUGAAAAAUGCCUGCAAGAACUUCUGGGGCCUCUGCUAACUCGUGAGUCCAAUAUAGAGGAGAUGGUUCUUCUCAAUUCUACUUUGCAGUAUCUAUUGAAAUUUCCUACUUGGCCAAGAACAUUUGUCAAACCAGAUUUUGUACUACAAAAUAUAAAAAUCCCCCGUGGCGAAAUGAGUAGAUUUAAAUAUUCAAUGGAAUAUACUUUUUGGAUGGAGAUCGAUUUUGAUACAUUAUUGAAAGAGGUCAAACAAUUGUUUGAGGAAAACAAAAAUUCAAUAGAGCUUCAGACAAUGAGUCAUCGAAACAAAACACAAACUUCAAUCGAGGUUGAACCUUCGAUAAUGUCACUGCCCGUCAAAAACUCUAUGGCGAGAGAUUGGUCUGACGCGAGCUAUUUUUGGAUAUUUAAUUCAGUUGCUGGAGCAGGCAAAUCGACCGUACUCGUAGAAAUGGCGCACCAACUCGCAAAAGUUGACGAAGGGUUAAGAUUACUUCUGAUUCCCAUAAAAAAAUAUUAUCGGUACUUAUUUGACAUGCCAGUGAAUAUUGUGAAUGAAGUCGAAUUCCUCGCAAAAACAACUUGCAAUUCUCAUGACGACAUCAACAACUGGAUAAAGAAGAGAGAAGUUAUUGUUUUCCUCGACGGUUUUGACGAAGUGUGCCCAGAUUUCAGAGAAAAAAUCAUCAAAAUUUUGAUCGCAUUGAAUAAUGCAAGAGUCCCACUCUUCAUCGGAACCAGGCCUCAUGAAUUGCACCACGUUCAAGAGAGGAUAAAAAACUCGACAGUAGUUGAGAUCAAACCCCUGGACGAAGCUAAGCAAAUCGAGUUUCUGGAAAAAGUGGCAAAAAAGAAAAAGGAAGAAAUCGAAAAAUUGAGGACAGACUUCAAAGACAAAGACAUUCUGGAAAACCCACUCUAUCUCAAAUUGUUGGCGGAGUACAAAGGUGAUGGAAACUUGUAUGACAUCUUUGACAAAAUGGUGCGGAACAAAGUGCAAAUUUGUUUGAAGAGAGAAAACGAAGGCAUAGAUGUUGGAGAGGGCGGGAUGUUUGAAGAUUCAUUGAAAUUCAUACAAUUGGUGGCCUCUCGUUACUUAACAGGAGUGAAGAUCGACCAAGGCAGUGUUACGAAAGAAGCAUUGGAGAAGAUCAACGCUUUUGGAGUUGUGACAUACUGCAAUGAAAGAGUCAAUUUCACUCACCAAACAUUUGCAGAAUUUCUUACCGCUCAAAAAUUUAUAUACGACUUAAAAAAUCCAGUAGCCGAAGAAGUGCCCUUGUUCAACGAUGAAUUGGUGCAGUGCAGAAAGUUCGUUAACCUUUUCUUUUCUAUGGAAAAGGGAGAGCACGCUUCUUACACAGAGUCCUUUAAGAUUUGGGCCGCUAAAUCAACCAACCGUUUAAAUAUGGUCAGACAAAUAUGUGGAGAGAAUUUGAGAGAAGUGUUCAAGUUUCUCAGCCCAGCUGAUUUCUCAUUAAAAGAUGACAACGGUAAAAACGCUUUGCACUUCGCAUUGCGGAACCUUGAGAUGGUCAAGUUGGUGCACCAAAAAAAUAGCGAGUUGGCGACCGAAACAACCAACACUGGAGAAAGCUGUCUCCACCUGGCGAUUGAUGACUACAAAUGCAGCGAAGAAGUGGCUCUUUGGAUCUUGCAAAACACUGAGGUGGGUAAAAAUGCUGAAACUAAAUUGAAUUACACAACGCUUCUGCGGGCUUGUCAAAGAGAAAAAUGGGAAGUAGCAGCUCAGCUUGUAACGAAGCACAAUAUUGAAAUAAAUGAUCCAAAUAAAUCACGAGAAAAAUCAAUUUUGCAGUACGCCGUCCAGUCGAAUAAUACCGAUUUAGUGCAAGGACUUCUUGAUAGGGGCUCCAAUGUAAAUUUAAAAGAUUGUUUUGGAGUAACAGCUCUUCACCUAGCAGCUGGAUCGAAUGGAAACUCAGAAAUUGUGAAAAUUUUGCUUGAAAAAGGUGCCAAAGUAAACGCACAAGACAAAGACAAACGAACUGCGUUGCAUUACGCCGCUAAACAUCACGAAGAUACAGUAGUAGUGCAAAAACUACUAGAAUACGGCGUCGACGUUAAUUUACAAGAUGAAGAAGGAUUCACAGCUCUUCACCUAGCAGCUAAGUCAAAUGGAAACCCUGAAAUUGUAAACAUUCUGCUCGAAAAUGGUGCCAGAGUAAACUUAGAAGACAAUAGAAAACGAAAUGCAUUGCAUUACGCCGCUAGCUCUAACGAUGCAGGAGUGGUUCAAAAGCUGCUAGAAUAUGGUGCCGACGUCAAUUCACAAGACGAAGAAGGAUUCACAGCUCUUCACCUAGCAGCUAGAUCAUAUUUAAACCCAGAAAUAUUAAAACAUAUGCUUACGAAAGGUGCCAAAGUACACUUACAGAACAAGAAAAAACGAACUGCAUUGCAUUACGCCGCUAAACAUCACGAAGAUACAGAAGUAGUGCAAAAGCUUCUUGAAUACUGCAUCGACGUUAAUUUACAAGAUGAAGAAGGAUUCACAGCUCUUCACCUAGCAGCUAAGUCAAAUGGAAACCCUGAAAUUGUAAACAUUCUGCUCGAAAAUGGUGCCAAAGUAAACUUAGAAGACAAUAGAAAACGAAAUGCAUUGCAUUACGCCGCUAGCUCUAACGAUGCAGGAGUGGUUCAAAAGCUGCUAGAAUAUGGAGCCGACGUUCAUUCACAAGACGAAGAAGGAAUCGCAGCUCUUCACCUAGCAGCUAGAUCAAAUGAAAACCCAGAAAUUUUGGAUAUUUUGCUUGAAAAUGGUGCCGAAGUAAACUUACAAAACAAUGAAAAACAAACUGCAUUACAUUACGCCUUCGAAAAUUUAGAAGAUAUGGAUGAUACAGAAGUGAUCCAAAAGCUGCUAGAAUACGGUGCCGACGUUAAUUCACAAGACAAAAAAGGAUUCACAGCUCUUCACCUAGCAGCUAGAUCAUAUUUAAACCCAGAAAUAUUAAAACAUAUGCUUACGAAAGGUGCCAAAGUACACUUACAGAACAAGAAAAAACGAACUGCAUUGCAUUACGCCGCUAAACAUCACGAAGAUACAGAAGUAGUGCAAAAGCUUCUUGAAUACUGCAUCGACGUUAAUUUACAAGAUGAAGAAGGAUUCACAGCUCUUCACCUAGCAGCUAGGUCGAAUAGAAACCCUCAAAUUGUGAAAAUUCUGAUCGAAAAUGGUGCCAAAGUACACUUAACAGACAAUAAUAAGCAAACUGCAUUGCAUCAGGCCUUUAAAAAUAACAAAGUUACUGAAGUGGUUCAUAAACUGCUAGAAUACGGUGCUGACGUUAACUCACAAGAUGAAGAAGGAUACUCAGCUCUUCACCUAGCAGCUAGAUCAAAAGAAAACCCAGAAAAUGUCAAACUUUUGCUUGAAAAAGGUGCCAAAGUACACUUAGAAAGCAUUAAAAAACGAACUGCAUUGCAUUACGCAGCUGAAAAUCACGAAGUUAUAGACGAUCUGCAAAAACUACUUGAAUACGGCGUCGACGUUAAUUUACAAGAUGAAGAAGGAUUCACAGCUCUUCACCUAGCAGCUAGGUCGAAUAGAAACCCUCAAAUUGUGAAAAUUCUGAUCGAAAAAGGUGCCAAAGUAAACUUAACAGACAAUAAAAAAAGAACUGCAUUGCAUCACGCCUUUAAAAAUAACAAAGUUACUGAAGUGGUUCAAAAACUGAUAGAGAACGGCGCCGACGUCAAUUCACAAGACGAAGAAGGAUUCACAGCUCUUCACUUAGCAGUUAGGUCGAAAGAGAACCCUGAAAUUGUAAAAAUUCUGCUCGAAAAAGGUGCCGAAGUAAAUUUAACAGACAAUAAAAAGCGAUCUGUAUUGCAUCACGCCUUUGAACAUUUAGGACUUAUGGUCGAUACAGAAGGGAUCCAAAAGCUGCUAGAAUACGGCGUCGAUGUUGAUUUACAAGAUGAAGAAGGAUUCACAGCUCUUCACCUAGCAGCUAGGUCAAAUAAAAACCCUGAAGUUGUUAAAAUUUUGCUCGAAAAAGGUGCUCAAGUACACUUAACAGACAAUAAAAAGCGAACUGCAUUGCAUCACGCCUUUAAAAAUAGCGAAGUUACAGAAGUGGUUCAAAAACUGCUAGAGUACGGUGCCGACGUCAAUUCACAAGACGAAGAAGGAUUCACUGCUCUUCACCUAGCAGCUUGGUCAAAUGGAAACCCUGAAUUUGUGAAAAUUCUGCUUGAAAAAAGUGCCAAAAUAAACGAAUUAGACAAUGAUAAAUGGACCCCACUGCAUUUUGCCGCUAAAUUUAACCAAGUUCCAGAAAUUACCCAAAUGUUGCUGGAAAAUGGCGCCGAAAUUCAUUCACGAUGUCAACAAGGAUCAACGGCCCUUCAUCAAGCCGCUGGAUGGAACAAAAACCCGGAAAUAGUUAAGAUUUUGCUCGAUAAAGGUGCAAAAAUAAACGCAGUAGGCAAUACAAAAUGGACUCCACUGCAUUUGGCCGCUAGAUUUAACCCAGCUUCAGAUAUUGUCCAAAUGCUGCUCGAAAACGGUGCCGACGUUCAUUUACAAAGUCAAGGAGAAAUAACAGCCCUUCACCUAGCUGCUGGAUCUAGUGAAAACCCAGAAAUUGUGGAAUCUUUGCUUCAAAAAGGUGCCGAAAUAAAUGUAGAAAAUGCUCUUGGAGAGACUGCUUUAUUUCUAGCGGCAAAGCAUAAUCGAGUGAAAGAAGUGGUUCAAAAACUGCUCGACCAUGGUGCAAAAGUAAAUGAAAUGAUUAGGAAUGACAAAGAAUGUGUCGGUGUAUUACGUAAAAUGAAGGUCAACUCUGAAGUUCUUAGAAUACUAAAUGAAAAUGACUCUGAUGUAUAGUAGAAUGAUCGAAAUGACUGUUACGUAUUUUGUUUGUUCACAAGAGUGCGCAGGAUAUCCAUAACAGAAUAAUAGUAAAUGGCGAAAAUAGAUCUGUAGUUUGCCACACAAUUGCAAAGAAGAAACAAUUCUUUAAUCUGCAAUUUGAAAUGAGAAGCACACAAGCCCAGAUAUUUGCAAACCUACUAUUGUACUAUAAUAUCAAAAUUAAACAAACGUUUCAAAUUUAAAAAUUGUAAAUCUAGUUAUGUAGUAUUGAAGCAUUGAUUUACUAAUAUUGACUGUAUAGCAUUAUUAACAAUGAAUCUUAAAGACCUAUUGCCUUAUAGAGAAAUAAAAAUUACUUUAUAAUUAUUAAUAAGUUUUGCUAGUAUAUUUUGAUUUGUAUCAAAUUUUAUACAAAAAUGUAAAUAUUUUUAAGUUAUUGCAUACAAAUGUACAUGUGUUUAAUUAAAAUAUUUUCUUAAAUGAAUAAUUGAUUUUUAACUAAUUUUCAUUUCCCUUAAGAAUGUAUUACACUGUGACACAUUUUGCUGAGAAUAUUCAAAAUUAACCCUUUCGCACGAAAAGAGAUGUCAUUUCAGCUUGAAUAAUUUAGAUUUAGAUUGAUUUUAAAUUCCUACUUUAAAUUGGUUUAUAGUUCAUUUUAUAGCUAUAUUUGUUUGCACGAAAAGGGAUUUCAUUCAUUAUCUAAUCACAAUCAACAUUGAUUGAAGUGAGUAAACACAGAUCAAAAUAUCUAUAUUUUAUUAAGUAGAUCGCAUAGUUCAUGCAAGUUUUGAUUCAGAUUCUAAGUGUUUAUCUCAUAAAACUAAAAUUUUUUAUAAAAAUAGUCGCUACAUUAUAGUUUUAGCUGUCUUUUAAAGAUUUUCUCACAGGGUCGGCCACGAGUACACUGGAGGAUUUGUUUCAAGGUUAGUACAAAAACAUAAUUUUGAAAUUUCAUGGCGUAAAUGACUGCCAACACUCCUUCUUUAUCUCAUCUACGAUUAAAUAGUGAUAAAUACAAGUUUCAAGCAUAUUCAUUGUAAUAAUAUUAUUUAAUUAAAAAUGUUUUAUUUGCUCGUCAAGAUGGUGUAACUAUAUGUCAAUAAAUACCCUUAUGUUCCAGGUAAAAAUGUGUCGAUCUGAAGGAGUGAAGAAUCUCUAGGUUCAUUUCAACCAGACAUAUGACUUCGUAAAGGCUUCAGACGUGUACAUUUUCAAAUAUUAGAUCCAGCACUGAUUCAUUUAAUUGGAAUUUUAUUUAAAUUGUAGAAUACAUAAUAUUUUUAAUUAAUUAUUAUUGGUGUGUAGUUUAAUACGUGUAAACAUACUGAAUUUGGCAGUCACUAUAUCAAUGAGUGUUGUUCAUUUUAGACUUGCUUUUCUGCAUUGGAACAUUUUGCAAAGAAUCCUAUUUUCCCACAUAUGCGUCAGUUUGAUGUUGUAAUAUUUCUAUGAGAACCAACUUUAGCGUUGUGUCAGCCUAUCACUUACUUAGAGGUUGGUUUACUUAAGUGGGGAAAUCGGUAGUCUAGGAAGGAAUAAAUAUCAGGGGGGCCGCAGUUCAUUUUCGCGCGCCAGCUGGAGGGCGAUCUCUUAGCGCCACCUAUGAAGAGAAGGCAGUACUUGAGCCCGGGGACUCGGACCGCAGACGGCAUAUGGGCUAACGUGGAACCGGCUCUUUCUACGCUUGAUUGGGCCAUUUUAGUGGACAUGGAGAGUCCUCCUCCUGCCCUCCAUAUGGACAGACGACUGAAUAGACUGGCGAGGCCCUCGAGUGCUCCGGCCCCAACAUUACUGCAGACGAGCCAGACACCCUUGUUGCUGACGACCUGCUCGCCGUUGCUGCUUCAGAGGACCGCGGUCAGAAGGCCCUGAAAGGUGCUGAGGGCCCUGAGACUGACCCUGAGACGGUUCGCUGCCAAGAGCGUCGUUACAGCUGUGUUGGCCUUUCCGAGCACCGCGAUGGUCGUGCUGUCAAGACAACCGCUAAAAGUGCAUGCCAGCUCUCCAGACCGACAAGCCGACUGCCACCAAUGGAAUUGCCAGCGCCAAACCUGUGCGGUCAUCGAGUGUCUUUGAAAAAGCCCGGAAAACACGUGUGCAGUCCGACCAAUGCAGAGCCAGAGGAGCUGGAGGGUGCGACCAAUCUGCGUCGGGCCCAAGAUACCGUGGGAGGUGCUGGACUCGCUGGUGCAAGAGGCCUUUGUCGAGUACCUUUUGUGGCUGGACCCUGCCAGCAGCCUUGGUCUUCAAGCAGAGUCGCUCUUUGGCUACCACUUCGGCGAGGUGCAGCGGCUGUGCUGCAGACAUUCGUCACUGCUGGACCUGCUGACCUGCAGUUACCUGGUCGGCGACGACGUGGUCAUCAGGGUGUGUGUCAAGGCCGCACAGCACGCGGGCAGCAUGGAUGUCCUCACUUUUGAAACGUUAAUUCCCAAGGCUUGGAUCCAAAGCUGAUCUAUUAUUGAGCUGGAGUGAUGAGAAGGAAAAAAUCCAGCCCGAACUUCAAUUGCAAGCCGGAUUGCCUGCGAGCAAGCCAGUACUAUUCCAGCUUCUACAAUGAUUUUAUUCAGCACACUGUUUUUGGGAAAAAAUGGCGAAAAAUAUGUUACUCCUACAAAAAACUUUGAGGUAUUUUUAAAUAAAAAACGUAAACAGUA